AUGAAGAGACUUUCGAGGGCAUUGAUCGUUUUGCCGAUUGUCGCUAUUGGUUGCAAUGCCCGGGUCGAUCCCAACAUAUUUGACGGCCUGGAACCUCUGAUCCCCGAUUGGAAACUCUGGUAUCGUGAAGACUGUUUGCCGGCUUAUGAUGCACAUGCUGCUUCUUCUACUCAGCCCACAAUUCUGCACUCAUCCUCAGCAAUUAAUGAGCCAGCGGAAACCUCUCGGGACGUGGUCCGGCUAGACUCAUACUCCAAGGGAGGCCAUCUCACCGCCCAAGUCACUAGCCCCUCACAGGAUCCCCAAUCCCAUGAAACAAAUGGGUCUGAAAUUCAUUCUAUCGUCAAUUCAAACGGGUCGAACGAUGGUGCAGAGGCUGAUGAUUUCUGGUCCACAUUCAAGGCCUACGAGGAGAUACUCAAGGGUAAGCAGACCAACACAUCACCGGAAACCAUGGGUUCGACCAACAUCGGCGCACACACUGUUCCAGCCCGGCCAAAGAUAACCAGGAAGGCAGAAAACUCGCUUCCAACUACCAUUAAGAAGCUCAAGGCAGCCCAAGUGUACUCGCGGGCUUCAGCUGACCCAAUAAAUGGACUCGAGAAGAAAUCGCUAAACUUUCAAGUGAUAUUAGAUCGACCGACAAAUACGAUUGUGACCUACCGGAUCGAUCCGACAAAGCUGAACGAAGGGGGGCUGAUUUUUCAUUUUGAUUACUUUCACAACAAUAAUUUCCAAAAGAUUGUAAUCAAUGGAGACCCGGAGGAGACGUUAUUCCUCGAUUCCGACUUUAAGGCUAACUGGAAAAAACUAGGACUCCUUACCGAUUCUAUGAAAAAGACACAAAGAGAAACACAAGACUUGCAGGGUCCGAGGCGAACCGAUCGGGCAGAACGUGCAUUGGCGAAACUUCGAUCAAAACACAAGAUCUGGGGGAGCUACUAUCGCAGUCGAUUGGAUCUAAAAUUAGCAGCUACACAGUGUACUCACGACCGUUUGGAAACAACUGGAAAGUUAUUAUUCAGUUACUUGUUCCUCGUCGACAUGAUAUCAACCAUUCUACCAAGACCUUCAGGGAGCUUGGGCACGAGCAAAGCUCAAGUUUUCAAAGAGGCUUUGGAGUCCUUGGCGGUUUAUGACCAAUUGGAAAUGAAAAUGCCUCUAACCAACCGUCUGGUUCCAAGAGGAGCCUUGAUUUCAUCGAUGUGGCGAUACCUCAAUCAUUGGCUCAAGUCCGACGAACACAUUAUUAGCUUAAAAGUAGCUUCUCCUGGCUCAGGUAUUCUAAAGAAUUGGAAGUCGUUCUUCAAUUUGGUUUUUACAGAGUCAUUGGAAAGAUUGACAACAGAACAAGAAAAAUUAAUCCUGUCUUUAUAA